AUGUCGCACAACCCACAAGCAAAGCCCGUCGCCGUCGUCGCCGGUGUUGGUCCCGGCAUCGGGGAGGCCGUCGCCCGCGAAUUCGCCUCGCAUGGAUUCGUCGUGGCCCUGAUGGCGCGGACCGAAGAGACGCUCCGGGCCAUCCGAGCCGGCAUCCAGCAGGACCACGGCCAAGAAGCGGCAAGGUGCUACGGCACCGACCUGCGCGUCGAGGACCGCGUCAACGCCGCCUUUGGCAAGAUUCACCAGGAGCUCGGAGGCGUGCGGGUGCUCGUCUACAACGCGGGGGCGCGCCGCGUCAACGCGCGCUCGCUCCUCGACACGACGACGGAGGAGUUCGAGGGCUUCACCAGGAUCAAUCUCUUCGGCGCCUUCUGGGCGACCAAGUGCGUCCUGCCGGCCAUGCUCGCGGCCGGCCGGGGCACAAUCAUCUACACGGGGGCGACGGGCUCGCUGCGCGGCAUGCCCGGCCUGAGCAGCUUCUCGCCCGGCAAGUUUGGGCUCCGGUCGCUGGCGCAGAUCGUGACGCGCGAGUAUCAGGGCCGCGGCAUACACGCGGCUCAUGUCAUCGUCGACGGACCGGUCGACGGCAGGCUGAUUGGCGGCGUGAUGCGGCGGCAGUGGGAGCGCCAGGGCGACGGGGAGAAGCUGGGCGAUCUGGAUGCUCAUCUGGUGCGGCCUGCUGACUUGGCCAAGGUUUACUGGUAUCUGCACACCCAGCCGCGGAGCACCUGGACGCACGAGUUGGACGUGCGGUCUCAGAAGGAGGCCAUGUUUUCCAAGCUGUGA